AUCCAUCGAUAUGCAUGCGUGAUGUGCUGCAAGUGAGAGAGAAUUAAAAGGCGAGAUGAAACUAAAGGGGAGGGAGAGAGAGAGAGAAGAAAAAAAGAAAGAAAGAAGAAGAGGGCACGGCUGCAUGGCGUAGCUAGCUUUCUUCCUGGCCCAGAUCGAGCGAGCGCGAUAUGAUUGCAUCAUCGAUCGAGCUCAGCUCAGCUCAUCUCACCUCGCCUCGCCUUCUUAUUCUGGCUCAUCUGCAAGCUGCAGCUGCAGCAACUGCAACCUGCAGAAGGCGAGGCGCCCUGACGCCUUUUCCCGCGAUCUGAUCUUGCCUCCCACCCUUCUCCUCCCACUUCUUCUCAUCCACCCACUGUAGCCUCGAGACCACACGUAGAGUUUUAGCUAGCCAUGUUGCUGUCUGAUCUCUCGUCUGAUCAGGAGGCCACUGGGUCCAACUCCCAUGGAGGAGGAGGAGGAGAUCGUAUGGUGGUGGGUAGCCAUGGCGCCGCCCAUGUCGUGCUCAGCAAUUUGUUUCUGCCACCGGCGGCGGCGGCGGCGGCGACGAUGCUGCUGCCUGCUGCUCCGGUGAUGGUGCGGCCGGCGGCGAUGGCGGCGGCGCAGGAGCCGAGAGCCAAGAAGAAGAGGAGCCUCCCCGGCAACCCAGACCCGGAGGCGGAGGUGAUCGCGCUGUCGCCGCGGGCGCUGGUGGCGACGAACCGCUUCGUCUGCGAGGUCUGCAACAAGGGGUUCCAGCGCGACCAGAACCUGCAGCUCCACCGCCGCGGCCACAACCUCCCCUGGAAGCUCCGCCACCGCGCCGCCGCUGUCUCCGCCGUGACGACAGCGGCGCCGGCGCCGAGGAAGAGGGUGUACGUGUGCCCGGAGCCGACGUGCGUGCACCACGACCCGGCUCGGGCGCUGGGCGACCUGACCGGGAUCAAGAAGCACUUCUCGCGGAAGCACGGGGAGAAGCGGUGGCGGUGCGAGCGGUGCGGGAAGAGGUACGCCGUGCACUCCGACUGGAAGGCGCACGUCAAGAACUGCGGCACCCGCGAGUACCGCUGCGACUGCGGCAUCCUCUUCUCCAGGAAGGACAGCCUGCUGACACACAGGGCCUUCUGCGAUGCCCUAGCUGAAGAGAGUGCAAGGCUUCUUGCUGCUGCAAACAACAGCAGCAGCAUCACUACUACCACCUGCAACAACAGCAACAUCAGCAGCAACAACAACAACAACAACAUUAACAGCAUUAGCAAUAGCAAUAAUCUUCUGAUCACCAGCAGCAGCAGCUCACCACCACUGUUCCUGCCAUUCUCCACCACUCCUGCUGAAAACCCUAACCCUAAUCAGCUCCUGUUCCUGCAACAACACCAAGCAGCUCACCACCAGCUGCUUCUUCCUCAGUUCCAGCAGCCACCCUCCUCGCCGCCGGCCUACUUCGAUCACCUCGCAUUCGGCGGCGGCGGCGGCGUCAUCACCGGCAGCAGCUGCAACGACGACAAUAGCUCGAUCGCCGGCGAUGUCAUGGUGGCUGCAGGUGGUGACAGUGUCAGCUUCGGGCUUACCUCGGAAGGCUCCGUGACCAUGCACGCCGGCGACGUCGGACGGCGCCGGCUCACUAGGGACUUCCUCGGCGUCGAUCACGACGCCGGCGAGGUCGACGAGCUCGAGCUUGAUGAGCUGCCGGCUGAUCUGUCCACCACCGCCGCCGCCUGCCAGGGUUGCAACUUCGCCGCCGCCACCACCGCCGCCUGCUGCGCCACCGACUUCACCACCGGCAGCAGGCAGUACCUCGGCCGGCUGCCGCCGGUGAACGAGACGUGGAGCCACAACUUCUAAGCUAGCCAUGAAGAUCAAGCCAUAAUGCAAAUUACCAAACUCUUAAAAAGCAGAAAAUCGAAACUAGUGCCAAUGCCACAUCGAUCGCAUGUGUCAUCGAUCCUCCAUGUUGUUGAUUUCUUGAUCUUGAUUUUUAAAAUUUCGUCUUAAUUUCACUUAGGUGUUAUUCUAACUUUUGCGACUCUGGAUGCCAAGAAGCUUCAUCCAUGCAAUGGAUGAACCGAUCAAAUUUAUGUUAAUUGUUUUUUGUGCAUUUGUUGAGAUGGUGAUGGCACAUUGACACCUGCAGAGAUCAGCUGUUUCUUGUCACAGUGUUAUUUUUUUGUGUAAA